AUGAAAUCUUUUGAUGAAAAGUAUUUCCCUCAGUGUUUUCGGGACCAAAAAGUGUCUGAAUUCCAAGAACAUACGCACGGCAGAUUGUCCGUAGCUGAAUACGAGGGUAAGUUCACUAAGCUAGCCAGAUUUGCUCCUCACAUGGCAGACACAGACUAUAAGAAAGCCCGCAAAUUUGAAGGAGGAUUGGACUUAGACAUAUUUGAUCGAGUAGGCAUACUAAAGUUGCCAACAUAUGUGCAAGUUCUUGACAGAUUCUUAAUGGCGGAAGCCACCCUAGCCGCUAUGAGACAAAGUAAGGCCCCAGUAACGACAACAACUGAAUGGAGAGGAAAAAGGUCUAGGUAUAGUUUUAGAAAGGGCCGUUCUUAUGUAAGUAAAAAGCAGAACACGGGGUCUACAAGCAGUUCGAGUCAGAGCAGUGAGUCUAUUCUAGUUUGCCCUGAUUGUAGAAGGAGGCAUAGGAGUGUGUGUUAUCGAGCAUCCGGUGCUUGUUUCCGAUGUGGCAAGACAGGUCACGUAGUGAAAAACUGUCUGCUUAGGUCUGAUAAUGCCAACCGCCCUAUGGCGAGUUCAGCUGGGUCCACUUCUACAGUCAAAACAAAUGCAAAAGCUAAUACUGGACAAGAACCUCUGAGACAAGGUCGAGUGUUUGCCUUAGUGCCUGGUGACGUACAGAACACCGAAGUUGUGGUGUCAGAUUCUGGUUCUAUGCAUUCUUUCGUAUCACAUGCUUUCUCUUAG